CAGUGCCCCAAAAUACUAACUGGAAAUAGAGUAAGCAAUUUGGCUCCAUAAGAGAGUAAAUGGUGGAAUCUUGUGAGAAAAUGAGUGCCUGCUUUACAAAUAGGAAACUCACAGCCAGUCCCAGCUACAUUCUGGGCUGGGAAGGCAAGAAAACUACCACAAAGUGUCGUCACUAGGCCUCAGUCUCCCCAUCUGGCUGUCUUGAUUGGGGAGUGGAGGGACAAGGGUCCAGGUUUAACAUACUUAGAUUUGGUGGUCACGGGUAGCUUCCUGGGGGAAGUGCCUACUGUUGAGCAAGGGUGGGGAAUUGGAGGAUAAUUUGGGGGUUUUAUUUCUCCCACAUAAUAAGAAUUACUUUGGCAACUCAAAGGAGCCUGGGCUGAGGUUUCCUGGACUUUUCUUCAUGGCUACCCUAUCACCCCAAGAUGACUACCAGAGCCCCACCCAAUCAAGACUGGGGGACUGGGGAAAGGGAAGGAGGCUGCUGGCCAGCUCAGUCAUCCUCCUGUGAAGGAGCAUUCUGGAUGUCCCUGCCCUACAACCCCUGCUUACAUUUCAUUAGUCAGAACUGUGUCACAUGACUGUCAUAGCUGCAAGGGAGUCUUAAGAAAUGUUUUAGCUUGAGACGCAUCCACCUCAAAUCAGGUUCUUUUCUGCCUUUACAGAGUAAUUCUUAGCAACUCUCUCCCUCCAGGAAUGGAUACAACCCUCUCCCGAGCUACCAAAAAGCCCGCUUGAGGCAGUGCAAACACCGGGGCCUCAGAGGCCCUCGCCAAACGUUUCACAAAGUCUGGACACUCAGGUCAAAAAUCUGACAUCCUCCACACACUAAAAACACGAAAUCCCGUCCCAGAUGGGGGCAAGGUAAGGAAGAAGUGCAGCAGGAUGCAGGGGGCACACAGAGGAGUCCGUGCUCACGACGCACCGCGAGACCACCUGGCGCACACUUGAGGGCGGGCGGUGACCCGGCGCUCACCUGGGGGCGGGGGUGCGCCCGCCUGAGGGGCCUGAGGGCAGCCCGCCGCGCAUGCGCACUCCCUCCCCCUCAGCAGUCCUCCGCCGGGAAGAGGUGCGAGCAUCUCCUCCCCUGUCAGUCCUGUCAGAGCGGCGGCGAGUUCGGGUCCCAGCGACACCAGCCUUCCCGGGACAGAGGCCUGCCAUCCACAUCUCUUCCCUGAGCUGCCCACUGGGGGCAUGGCGCUGCCAACAAAGCCGAGCAUGUUUGAUCUGGGCCUGGGCACAUGGAGCCCCAGCUCCCAGGAGCAGAGCCACAGGGCUCGGGCACCCUCCAGGGGUGUUGGCAAAAAGCUGCCCGAGUACAAGGCAGUGGUGGUAGGCGCAAGCGGUGUGGGCAAGAGCGCGCUGACCAUCCAGCUGAACCACCAGUGUUUCGUGGAAGACCACGACCCCACGAUCCAGGAUUCCUACUGGAAGGAGAUGGCCCUGGACCACGGAGGCUGCAUUCUGAACGUGCUGGAUACGGCAGGGCAGGCCACUCAUCGGGCCCUGCGUGACCAGUGUGUGGCGAUUGGGGAUGGUGUGCUGGGUGUCUUCGCCCUCGAUGACCCCUCGUCUCUAGCCCAGCUGCAGCAGAUGCGGGCCACCUGGGGCCCUCACCACACCCAGCCCCUCGUCCUUGUGGGCAACAAGUGUGACCUGGUGACCACCACCGGAGAUGCUCGUGCUGCUGCUGCAGCCCUCGCAAAGAGCUGGGGGGCCCCUUUCGUGGAGACCUCAGCCAAGACACGCCAAGGCGUGGAGGAGGCCUUUUCCCUGCUCAUCCAUGAGAUCCAAAGAGUCCGGGAGGCCAUGGCAAAGGAGGCCAUGACAGGGCCAGGUGGGGAUAAAGCCCGGCACCAGAAGGCCAUGUGCCGCUGUGGCUGCUCUGUGGCCUGAAGAUUUUGGUCUAGAAAAGUGGACCCUCUCCCAAACCAGGGUGGUGGUUCCUUCACAUGAGACUCCCAGAGCAAGUAGCUGUGUGGGACACUGUUGGUGUACUGGGGAUAGAUGGACCCUCUCCUGGAGAGGUUUUCAUUUGGUGAUGGGCUUUUUGACAAUGUGGGGUGUAGUGUGUUGGUUAUGUUAUGUCAAGUUGAGAGAUUUUGUGCAAACUUAAAUAAAUGGUGUUCUCAAGUUUCAAA